ACAGCUUUUUUUUUUCUUUAGCUUUUUGUAAGACUUUCAAACCAUCUCUCAAUUCAAGAUUCCUUGUCUUUACUGUUUGAAUUUUUACUUUGUUUUUGCUUAUUGCAACUACCCAUAUCUCAAUUUUUCCUCCUUUCAUAGUUUCACUAACCAAAUAGUGUUUUCCCCUUCAAAGGGAUUGCCUUUUCUCUUCUUUUAUACUUUGCUAUUGAGGGUUUAGGUAAAAAAAAGAUAGUCUUUUGAGUAUUUGGGGCAGUUUUUUUUUGCUGUUUGGUUUGUGAGUUUGUGUUGAUUAGUUGAAAGAUUGACUUUUUCGAAGAUUUUUGGUCAACCACUUUUGAGUAUCUCUGAGAAUUUGCUGCUGUGUAUCAACCCUUUUGGCCUUUGGGAGUUAAAAGAUUGAUGAUUUCUAGGGUUUAUGGAUGAUUAGGGCUUUUCAUCAUUUAGGCGAUUCUGUUUAAAAGAUUAAAAUAUGGUUUCAAAAGACCGUAAGAAACCUACUGGAUCUCCAAAAGUACAAGUUGGGGAGAUAGAUACAAGUGCACCAUUUCAGUCUGUCAAAGAUGCUGUUAACUUGUUUGGGGAAGGUGCAUUCUCAGGGGAAAAACCUGCAAUCAGGAAGCCAAGACCUCAGUCCGCAGAGAGGGUACUGGCAAAGGAAACACAGCUUCACUUAGCCCAGAAAGAGCUGAACAAGUUGAAGGAACAGUUGAAAAAUGCAGAAACCACUAGAGCCCAAGCACUUACUGAGCUCGAAAGGGCAAAACGGACCGUUGAUGACCUCACCAAAAAGCUUAAAAUUGUUUGCGAGUCAAAGGAUUUGGCUGUCAAGGCGACAGAAGCAGCAAAGAGUCAGGUGAACCAACUUGAAGCACCAAAUGAUGGCUCUGUUAUGGGGAAGGAUGGUUCUUGGAAAGUGGAUCUGGAAACUGCAAGAGAAAAGUAUAUGGCUGAAAUAGCUGAUCUUGAUAAAGCAAAACAAGAGCUGAGGAAAAUCCGCCAGGAUUGCAAUACAUUUAUGGAAGAAAAAACUGGCGCUAUUGAGCAGGCAGCAGAAGCUGAGCGUACUGCCAAAGCAAAUAUGGAAAGAGCUAGUGAGCUCUCCAAGGAAAUAGCAGCUGUCCACGAGUCGGUUGAUCAACUAAAACUUGCUUGUGUGCAGGAGCAGGAAGAGGAGGCAAAGAUUUAUGCUGAAAAGAAUGUCCAGAAGCAGUCCUACAAGGCUAAACUUGAAGAGUCAGCAGAGAAGUUACUUGCUUUGAAGAAAGAGACUGAUGCAGAUUUAGCCAAGAGUCUUGAAGCACAGUUAGCUGAAACAAUGUCUGAAAUUGAAGCUUUGAGGAAAGAAAUGGACAGUGCGAAGUCUUCUGACCUUGAUACGGUGAAAGUUGUCACUGCAGAGCUGGAUGAUGCUAAGGACUCACUACUUAAGGUCGCAGAAGAAGAGAGUACUCUCCAAACCUUGGUGGAGACCCUUAAACUGGACCUGGAGAAUGUCAAGAAAGAACAUUCUGAUCUGAAGGAGAAGGAGGCAGAGACAGAAUCACUUGCUGGGGGUCUGCAUGUCAAGCUCCGGAAAGCCAAAUCUGAGCUUGAAGUAGCAGUUGCAGAAGAAGCCAAAGCAAGGGGUGCUUCUGAAGAAAUGAUCUCCACUCUCCACCAGCUGACCUUGGAGACUGAAAACGCAAAGCUUGAAGCUGAAGAGAUGAAAAUGCAAGCAGAAGACUUAAAGAAAGAAGCUGAAGCCACUAGAAUGGCGCUUGAAGAAGCAGAAAAGAAGCUUAAAGUGGCUAUGGAAGAAGCUGAAGAAGCAAAAUCAGCUGAGGCUGAGGCUCGUGAUCAAAUUAAGAUUUUAUCUGAAAAAACCACAGCUGCACGAUCCUCAACUUCUGAGGCUGGUGCUCGUAUUACUUUAUCAAGAGAUGAGUUUGACUCAUUGAGCCGUAAAGUUGAAGAACUUGAUAAUUUAGCAGAAAUAAGAGUGGGAGCCGCAAUGGCUCAGGUAGAGGCGGUGAAAGCAAGUGAGUAUGAGGCCCUCAAGAAGUUGGAGGCUACUCAAAAGGAGAUUGAUUAUAUAAAAACCGCAACUCAGGAAGCCUUGAAGAAGGCAGAGAUGGCAGAAGCUGCCAAGAAGGCCGUAGAAGGGGAGCUUAGAAGGUGGCGGGAACGUGAGCAAAAGAAGGCAGCUGAGGCAGCUUCUCGUAUUCUUGCUGAAACACAUAUGAACUACAGAUCAUCUCCUCAAAGUUACACAGUUCAGAAGGAGAAACCAUCUGAGAAAUUCAUGGAAUCACAUUUAAAGAUGCACUCACCCAUUGAAACCAAGAAGCAAAACACACAAGAGAACAUAAUGGAAACGCACAAGUUGCAGAAAGCAAAGACAUCAGUGUCAAAGAAGAAAGUAUUGAUGCCUAGUAUCAGUGGCAUUUUCCACAAGAAGAAAAACCAAGUAGAGGGAAAUUCUCCAUCAUAUCUGCCUGGAGAGAAACCUGUUUGGUAACAUUUUGUGCAAAAUAUGUGUGGUGGAGAGGAACUGGUCUCUAUGCCAUGGAUUGUGUGUAUAUCUGAAACCUGUGGAGCAGCAAUUCUUUCCCCUUUCACUUUUGGUAUUUAUUGCGUGUCUGCAACUUCUUAGAGUUAUAUACAUUUGUCUCCUAUAAUAAUAAUAUGCUUACGGACUCGUCUACUCCACUUGGGGAAUUAUACUAGGUAUGUUUUGUUGUUGUUGCUUACGUGACUCGUCGCUUCACUAUCCUUGACUUCCAUUGAAAAAGGAAAAAAUUGAGUCUUUUUUUCUU